CCCCACUACAACUCUGACUGCAUAUCUCUCACCUUAAAACCACCCCCAAAAACCUCCAACAUACCCCGGAAAGACCUCUGUAACCCUCCUAGAAGAAACCGCAUGGAUUUGCUUGAAGCUUAGCCACAGAUCCACCUAAACGACACCCCGUCACUACUCGACAAUCGACGAGCAUGGUCAGCCAGACAGAGCUCGACCGACGAAAGAUCGUCGGCAUAAAUGCUGAAACUGUGACCAAUGUCACUUCCACAGACUACCCCGGUCAAUGGCCAGGUGAAGAUCAUUCCUGGGACCUCGACUUCUUCAAGAAGACCUUCAACGUCCAGUUUCACUCUAAUGACGAAUUCGACGCUUCCUUCUCGCUCAUUGGGCUCGAUGCCUCCGUCGCAAACGCUUUCAGGCGCAUCCUGAUUGCCGAAGUUCCCACCGUCGCCAUCGAAGACAUCUUCGUGAUACACAACACAUCAAUCAUUCAAGAUGAGGUCUUGUGCCAUCGCAUGGGUCUUAUACCGUUCAGAGGCAGCCGGGAUGGCUUGAGGUGGAUGCAUUGGUUCCGGAAGGGGACCGAUGAGGACCCAGAAGGCAGCACGCACAACGACUACAAUGUUUGCAUUCUGAAUUUGCAGAUAGAGUGUACAUGGCAGCCAGGUGGUCAGAAUAGGGCUGUAAACGGAGAGACAGACCCGAACAAGCUUUACAACAACCACAACGUAUAUGCCCGCGAUAUCGUCUACGAGCCAACUGGCCAGCAAAUUUCAAGGUUCGCCGACGACCCUGUCCGAGCCGUGAAUCCAGACAUCCUAGUAGCCAAGCUACGACCCGAGCAGAAGAUCAACAUGAGAAUGUACGCCAUGAAGGGCAUUGGUGCCGACCACGCCAAGUUCUCCCCCGUCGCGACAGCCUCGUACCGACUUCUACCAACCAUCGACAUCCUCAAACCUAUACUCGGCCUACAGGCACAGAAGUUCGCACGGUGCUUCCCUAAAGGGGUGAUUGAACUACAACCAGUCACACGUGAAGAAGCGCAGAGAAAGGGUAGUGGUUAUGAGGGGCAUGAGGGAGAGAUGAAGGCAGUAGUGAAGGACCCGAUGCGAGACACCGUGUCGCGAGAGUGCUUACGGCAUGAUGAGUUCAAGGGCAAGGUCAAGCUCGGUCGUGUGAGGGAUCACUUCAUCUUCAGGGUCGAGAGCACAGGCCAGUGGGAGAGCGAUGAGCUGUUCUUAGAGAGCGUGAAGCUGCUCAAGAUCAAGGCGCAACGGAUGAAGCGGGGGUUGGCAGCGUUGAUGCGAUAGGUUGUAAUUGUACGAUUGGAUGCCAAUGAAUAUACCCAAAGCUAUAACAGCUGAG